AGUUUUCAUCAGAAGUCCAAUGUGAAAUGCUGAGGUUUUGGACGCAUGAGAAAAGUGGCUUCAGUCAUUCACUUCGGACCCGCAGGUGAUCGGAAACUGAAAAUGAUCCUCUCCAUAAAUUGGACCAUGGCUCGUUCAGUCACAGUCACAGCAAACCUUCACUUUAUGAACAAUACAAGAGUGAACAAUUAGCAGAACAACUUUAUCAGCACAAUGAUGAUGUUCAGGAUGAUACUCCUCUGCGCUUUGGUUGGGGCUGGCUCCGCGCUGAGCUGCAGGUGGAUUGAGCACAACUAUGGAGACUACAGAGACAACUCUCUGGUUCUUCUCAGCGCAGUGGGGAACAACUCCAUCAGUUCUUUCAACUCCACUGAAGACGCGGAUCUUCAGGAUACCGUAGCCUUCCCAAAUGAACUCUAUAAUCAUGCAUCUAACGCAAUUACCGAGGAGAGACUCAGAUUCAUGGCUCAGCUUCUGGAUGAGAUUGUGUCCCUGUUUGAGGAGGACCAGAGCGCUGCGUCCUGGCACGAGAGCGCCGUGGAUGACUUUCUCAACGUCAUUACGCAGCAAGCAGAUGGACUCCGAUCAUGCGUGACAAACCAGAGCUCUAAAAGAAAGAACAAGAAGCUGAGCUUGUAUUUCAAGAGACUGUCAACUCUGCUCGAGCAAAUGGGCCAUAAUGCAGAAGCCUGGGAAUGGAUCCGCAGAGAAGUCAAACUGCAUCUCCAGAGAGCAGACCUCUUGAUCCCCGCCAAAACCAACUGAAGACACUUAUGCUUUAUUUAUUG